GUGCCGACUUGGACCGAAGGCGAGUGUCAUUCUCUUUCGGAGCUGCGUCUCUCCCAUUCCCAAACCCGUCCACACCACUACACACCACCGCUCUUGUUGCCCAGCGGGUUGGCGGUUCGGUGGUUCUGGCGUUCCUUACGCCGCAGCGAAAAGGGCAAUCUCUCGCGGCAGGCUUCAUCCUACUGCGGGCGCGCUACGUAGUUACGGACGGUGUGUGCUGGCACAGUGUUAGAAGGACAACGUCACGGUGUGGACGUCAGUGCGUUUGCCUGGAAACGUUAACCUUGUGAUCAAGCGUGCAGUGUCUGAUAGCAGAAACAAUUGCAAAUAUCGAUCCAGCAGCAAAGUGAAUUUAGUAAACGCUAUUCGUGUCUGUGAAACAGUACAAAGAUGUGUCGAGUUGUGUGUAGUGUCCGAGCUCCAGCAGCAAUGUUACCCCUUGGACUGUCAUCCCCUAGUGCACAAUAGACUAGGGCGGCCCUAGGUCUUAGCAAGCUGCAAUCUAAGCUUGAUUGAGGUGAUCUGUGAGGAGCGUGAAGUGAAGAGAAACAACAACAAGGUUAAGCUGGUGGAUCCUAAUUCCACAAGGACGUUAUCGGGAGUUCAAAGUAUACAAGUGUUGGGCAGUGACUCCAAGUGACAGUUCUUUCCGUGAAGAAGUUGUGUUCGUAGUGUCGUUGUUAAAACAGUUUAAUCCGUCAAAAAAAGUAGUGUUCCUACGUGUUUGUGUGCAUUUCAUUGUGUGUGACAGUGUGCGGGUAAUAAAGAAAUAAAAAAAAGGAAAUAGAAGCUAAACAGCGCGCUUUGACCUCAAUUCGGUGUUUGGCGUGACGCGGACUGACGCGGGUUUUUUGCACUGGUGGUGGGCAUUCGGAAGAUGUCGCAACAGUUAAACAGCCACGGUACUACUAUGCUCGGUAGUAUUGCGAACAGUAUCGGAACGAACAAUAGUAUCGCCUGCAGCAUGGGCAACAACAUCCCGAACAAUCUGACCACCAUCCCGAACAGCAUGAUCGCCACCAUGUCCAGCCCGGCCGGUAACGCCUCGAACGGUCCGACGAGCAACGGUGCCAACAGCAAUGGGGCCAACGGUAGCAGCAACGGCCCGUCCUCGACACCGGCCACCCCAACCAACAACUGUCAGUCGAUCCGUUACUGCUGGGAAGCUGAUAAGGUCAAGACACUGAUCCGGCUGCGCGCUGAGCUGUCGCCUCUGUUUACCGGAAAGCGCAACGCAUCGAAGUAUGCCUGGGCUGUGGUUGAACGAGAACUCAGCGUGCCUUUACCGAUUUCGAAAAUCAUCAAAAAAUGGAACAAUCUCCUGCAGGAGUACAAGGCGAUCAAAAUGUCCGAGGAGCCGAAGCGUCGCGAGUGGCCAUUCUUCAACCUGAUGGACGUGUACUUCAGCGAUCAGGUGAACGAUCCGACGCUGCGCCUGUUCUCCUCGACCAAGCGGUUCGACUCGGACACGCUGGACGACGCCCAGUUCGACGACGAGAUCAUGAACUCGACGGCAGCGGCCGCGAUCGCCGCGGCUGCCGCAGCCUCGGCCGCCGCCGCCAACGCCGCUAGUCAGCACAAGAUCAAGAACGAGCUGAUCGCGAGCCACGGGCACAGCGGCGGCAGCAUGCUGGACAUUUCGGACAUCAUUGGGGACGAGCACGGUGAGUCGAAGUUCGACCAGUUCAAGCGGGAGAUCGUGCUGAGCCAAAUCCAGGAAAUAACGCGCGCCGGCAGCGGCGGGGGCGGUGGUGGCGGUGGCGGUGGCCGCAAGGAGAAAAACAACAACAAUAAGGAUCACCACAACAACAAUAACAACAGUAGCAACAACAACAACAACAACAACAAUACCAACAACAGUGUCAGCAACAACAAUAGCAACAACAACAACGCGAGCAACCAUUCGCCCAGCAACAACAGCGCUAACAGCAGCCCGAACGGGGCCGGCCACAAUGGCAACGCGACGCUGGAAAGCAAGCACAAGCUGAUGGAAUCGCUCAACCUCAGCCCGGGCGGUAGCCACCUGACGACGAGCGGCGUCAGCUCGCUCAGCACGACCAGCAACAGCAGCAGCGGGUCGGCCCGGGACGAGGCGAGCAGCCUGAACAGCAGCCCGACCAGCCACAUGAGCAGCGGACCGCCCGCCAACGGGCCGGAGCUGCGCAAAAUGUCCAACGGCCCGACGGCGGACUUUAGUGCGCUGCUGGCCGCGGCCAACAGCCACACGAACGGUACCCUGCACAGCAACAGCAGCGCGCUCAGCAGCACCGACCGGGACACGGACUACGAUGAUUAUGCCGAGCGGAGCAGCCUGUACGACGGUGGCAACAAUCAUCUCAAAACCCUCAACCAGAAGCUGCUCCAUCAGAUGAACGAACAUCACAACAUCGAUCAGUACCUCCUAUCGUGGCGCGGAUUCCACGGCAACAUGUGCAAAGGAUUCCACAGCCUGCAGCGGGACGGACAGAUGGUGGACGUGACGAUUGCCGCCGGCGGCAAGAUCUUCAAGGCGCACAAGCUCGUCCUGUCCGUGUGCAGCCCGUACUUCCAGAAGAUCUUCCUCGAGCAUCCGUCCCAGCACCCGAUACUGUUCAUGACCGACGUCAACAGUCACCAUAUGGCCGGUCUGCUAGACUUCAUGUACAGCGGUCAGGUUAACGUCAAGUACGAGGACCUGCCCAACUUCCUGAAGGUGGCGGAAGCGCUACAGGUGAAGGGGCUGCACGGCGAGAGCACAAACGACUCUGAGGAGCGAGACUACCAGCAGCAGCAGCAUCAGCACGCCCUGCGGUUGCAAGAGCAGCAGCGAUUGUACCACCAGCAGCAGCAACAGCAGCACCAGCAGCAGCUACAUCAGCAACAGCAGCAACAGCAGCAACAGCAGCAACAGCAGCAACAGCAACAGCAGCAGCAGCAAAAGCUUGCCCAACAACGUCAGCAGCUGCUACAGGUCGCUCAGCAGCAGGCACAUGCCCAAGCACAGCAGCAGCAUCAGCAGCAGCAACAGCAGCAACAGCAGCAGCAGCAGCAGCAGCAGCAACAGCAGCAAGCAGCAGCAGCGGCCGCCGCUCAGCAGCAAGCCGCCGCCGUUGCAGCCGCCGUCGCCCAUCAGCAGCAGCAGUUCCAGCACCAUCGCAACAACUUCAAGGAGCUGAUGAAGGCGAAGCAUGCGGCCGCGGCCGUCGUACUCAACGAGGACUAUCUCAACAACAACGCAAGCAACGCGAACAACAACAACAGCAGCACCGGCAACAAUGGCAACCUCGCCAGCAAUGGCAACGCGAACGGGCCCCUGUCACCGUACGCCAGCAAAAAGAUGCUCGACACGCAAAAGUACCAGAAGUACUACUCGAAGCGCAAGCUGGUGCAGCAGUACGAGCAGGAGAUGCGGGCCGAGAAGCGCAAGCUCGGCAUCGAGGAUGUGAUACAGGCGGCGGCGGCCGCGAACGCACUCAACCUACGCCUCAACAACGGUGGCAGCCCGAUCGGUUCGCCGACGGCCGUCGCGGCCGCAGCAGCGGCUGCUGCGGCAGCCGCCGCCGCACUCAACCCGCCCGGGACGCCCACGAACGGUGGCACUAGCACGGACGAUGAACAGCAGCAGCAGCAACAGCAGCACCAGCAGCAGCAGCAUCAGCAGCAGCAACACCAGCACGGUCAGCAAACGCCCGUACUGCUGCAGAACAUCAAAUCGGAGCCACAGUACGACGACGAGGACGAGGGCAUGGAGGUGGACCAGGACAACAACAACUCGCUGAACGCUGCGAACGCCAACACUGCCCACAACAACAACAACAACAACAACGAGGACGAUUACUACGGACAGCACGAUCAGGGCGUGAUAACGACGGGCAAUGGCAAAACGAUCAAACAUUCCAUACUCGAGCCAAAUAUAGUAUUAAAGCAGAGCGACGAAUGUCUCACGACCAACAAUCAAACGGGUAGCCUGAAUCUGUGCAAGAACGUCAGCUAAUCGGCUCGAUCGCACUGUUGCGGUGGGCCUUGCUCGUUGUUUUUGCUGCAGCGUCCUCAAACAGGGGGUGCAGAGAUGCAAGGAUUGUGGACGGCUUGGACGGGGGCUGGGUGUGUAGACGAGAAGUGCAGACUGUAGAUAGCUAGUAAGGGAGGACAGUGUAACGUGUAAGCUAACUUAUUUAUUUGCUGUGUGUAUGUGUGAGUCGUGUAAGUGUGACGUAACUGUGAGUAAUGGAAAGGAGGCUGCUUGAGCGAUCAUUGCCUGAUAAUAAUAAUAAUAAUGAUAAUAUUUACAAUAAUAAUAACAAUAAUACGAUGUAGUUAAUUUCGAUCGAUCGAUCUACAACACAGCGAUCGCGAUCGCUCUAGAAGAUAAUCGCGCAUGUAAUCGCACUGCAAGGAUUAAAGGGGUUUUUUUGUUUAUUUUGAAUUAGCAAAUCGUGAGUUACGUGUGUGUGAGUUACAGUUUCGGCGUUUCUCGGCGCCGGGACAGACUGGUUGAAUAGUAUUUAGAUGUAGUAUUUUUUUGUAACAUUUGUUUUUCGCUCGUUUUUGUCUCUUCAUGUGUUUAUUCUUUGGUUUAUUUUUACUCGCUGAUUGUAAGAAGUUUAAACAAUGGUUCUGCCCUUGCACCCUUUUUGUUACUUUUCAUCCCUUGUGUAGUAUCCAUCAUUUAGCGUUGCGUGCGAUCUUUCUGUCUAUAUAUACACACACACCAACACACAAAUCACUCACAAACCACACACUGGCUUCAUGCAAACACGCACACACACAUGCGCGUAUACUUAUUUGUCGUUGCGUUGAUUUUCGAUUCUAAUUCAGGGGUUUAUUUAUUAUCUUUUUGCAUACGUCUGUGUGUGUGUGUGUGUGAGCCAGUGUGCACGCGGUGGUGUAUGUGUGGGUUUGUUGCAUGCAUUCACGUGUAAUAAUUGCUAGCGCGCGUGCUAUCGUUGUUGAUUAUUUCUUAGUGUGUUAGGGGCACACGGGGCGAACUGUUGAUGCGACACAAAAGGAAGGCAUUGCCAGCACAGCACCGGUGUGACCUAAUUUAUACAUAUAUAUACAUACCCAUAUGUUAACGUAAUGAAAAGGCGAUAUUUGAUGUAUGCGGUCGCAGAGACACGAAACAACAACAACAACAACAAACAACAAUAACAUAUACAGAUACACAUUAUUAACUUAGCUGUAAGCACUCAGUAUCGUGUAAGCGUAUGUAGCUAUCCUGGCAGCAGCUGCCACAAAAGACACACAGUUCCGGUCACAGAACGAUACAGACCGGAAAAGGAAAACCUAAACCCUUCGGACCUCUGCACAUACGCACCUACGGGGAGGAAGCAGCAGGUUGCUGGUUGCUGAAGGUCAACCCAAAUUGUCAGCUCAGGUGUUUUCAUGAUUCUAGUUGUUGUUUGCUGUUUUGUACGUAAAAGAAGAAACGCGUAAGCACGCCACCCAAUAAUGUAACAAACGUCCUGCUCGAGAAACAAAAGGGGAGAGGGAGAAGAACGUUUUUCCGCAGCGGGAAGUAGUGAGCCUCCAGGAUGGCCGCAAUAUUUUAUAAGACGGGUGGGUGUGGCAACCCCCUGACAGACAGGCAGGCAAGAGAGAAUGGUAUAGAGAGAUUAGCAUAACCACUUUUACGGACAGUUCUGUGCAAUUGUGCAAUCGAGCAGCAAGGAAGAAUUUAAAAAAAAAAACAAAUCCCUAUAUGUAAAUCCACGUACAGGAGUGUAUCCAACAGGCAUAGGCGUAAGAAAGGGCAUACAAUGAAGGGCAGGCUUGUACUGAAGACAACAAAACACUCUUCACACAGCUCUCCCAGACAGACAGACAGGUAGGCAGCCAGACGGUUUCUCGGAUAGUGCUGUUUUGUUUCGUUUUGUUAAAAAAAACCAUCCUCAUCUUCAUUAUCAUUCACUUGUAUCCGGGUGUUAGUAUUUAUUUUGUUAUUUGCCGUACACGGCACGAACGGCCGUGCCUGCGAACGUACGAAAGCGCUCGAUCACUUUGUUUUUGCAUGUAAUGAAACUAAACUAUUGCUUCAAAUACACGAUUGUUGUUUAAAAAAAACCCUAGUA